AUGUGUAAGUUCAAAGUAAUGCGCAUUCUACCUUGAAUAAAAUGAUUUAAGACGCCCCGAACACUAAAAUAAUUUUAGCCGUAAACACAAAUCUAGGAUGAAGCCCGCUUAAUAUUUUGUGCCGAAAGGGAACUUCUUUUGGUGGCCAUGUGUUUUUCAUGGCCACCAGGAAGUAGUUUCCUGGAAACGGAUAUUUUGGAAAUUUUUUUCGAUAUUACUAAGGAGUCUACUUGUGCUCUUGGAGAUCUACAGAAGGCACAGACUCUUUUUAUUUAGCUUGGAAUCUUCAAAAUUGUUUUACCGCAACAGAAAUGGAUGUUGAUUUUUAGACUGUGACCGAUGUGUCAACCAUGUGCAAACGGUCGCUGGUUUAAUGGACUCACCCAUGUUUGAACCCUCGAUCAGAAGGGGACUCGGCAUACUUUGUAAAGGGUCUAAAAACAUUAACGUGAGUAAGCCCCCGUCCUAUGUAUGUGUUUGCUCAUAUAAAUUCCCCCCAUGUCAUAUUAUUAACGAUUAUCUUUACUUACUUCGUUCCAGUGCACGGAGAUGCUGUUGAAUCAUCUGCAAAUGUUUACCAACAACGCCCGUAUUCAAGCCCAUGCAGUAGAAGUUUGUCAAGUAAGUAAACUAGGUACUGGUUGUUUUCCCAGGCAGUAUACCCUCACAGUUAUUUAGUCUAGGGUUAAACGUAUUGUGCACUUUUUAAUUGAUGGAUUCAUGGUGCGAUUUUGGACUUGUGAUUACGAAUGCAUACGCAUUAUAUGAUCUGGUGUAAAGCGCUCUGUUGAAGAUUUUAUUUAUCUACUUAAGCGCCUUUGAUCACUUGUCGGUAAUCCCGACAGGCGCUUGUACAAGCUGAGAUUUUCCAUGGACCCCUUAAAUUAUGGCAUUUUGAUAGUUCGUUGUUAACAGUUUCAAGGCUCUUUGGUUUCAUCGAAUAAGAUGUGUCUGCAUACGCUGCCCUCUGUGUCUAGUUCACUAGAAUCUGCUGCAGUCAAACGUUUAGUUGUAAAACAUCGUUAUUUUUGUCCUAGAUAAUUGGAAGUUGUCCUAAAAUGCCUGUCCUGCGGAACGAUGGAGAAGGGUUUGGUAAGUAAUUUUAUUAUCUGUGUACUGAAGGCGUUUACGUGAGGGCAGUUUCUGCCAUGUAAGUUGGCUAUUAGCUGGGUAAUUGACUGUUUGAAAUUCUUCUUGAGACGAAUACAAAAGCUCAAAUUAUUUCGCGACUGCCAUUAAACGAAAAUUAGUAACAAAAGCCCAAACGUCUGCUACGAAUGCCAUAAACAUCCCAAUUAUGAAAGCAUUUGUCCGUUUGCUGAUGCCUACCUGACAAUAACCGACAUUUACUUGGACAGUUCAGAAGUCCGGCCUUAAUGUUCAGCGAAACAGGCGCCCGAAUUUUAACAAUAAUGCGAACCCGCCGUUUUCUUCUGCAAAGGGAACGGAAUCUCCUGGAGUAUGAAUGGUCCAGUUUUCUAAAGGCAGUUAUCAAUUAGACUAAGACGAUGACACAAUUGUCGGAAAAUUAAGUUAGUGUAUGGUACCCCAGUGGACAAAGUCCACACUCUUUGACAUGUCGAAAGGUUAGACUCAUUUUUUACUGUACCUCUAGUUCGGAAUUGGGGAAUAAAUGCUAUGCAGACAUAGGUUGGUCUUUAAACAUUUCGGCUAUCGUUUGGAGUAAGUUCUAACUCCAACCAUAUCCAUGGGUCCCAUCACACCGCUUAGACACCGGUGUGGCUUACAACGCAUUCGACAACUUCAGGGAAGUGUUGUGGAGUGUGUUGAAGGCAGAGGGUACAAGCGACGAAUGACGAGCUGUAGCGGGAAGAUAUGUCAACGGUAGGCAGGGAGGGGACACCGGCCAUCUUCGCUGACACGCCAUCACGCCAUUCCCAUCCGGGAUUUGCGCUAACUGUGACCUCAGUCCAUUCAAACAACCCUGUCCGUUUCGCUGGAAGUUACAACUUUGGCGUUCAAACUUGACGUCCGCAGAAUAAAUGGUACUGUGACUUUUCAGAAAAACGAGGAAUAAAACUUUAUCCGUGGGUCCUUUAGAGUUUAGAAAGUGCAUUCGUGGGUCCCAUUGAGCACGGUGUAGCUAAGCCUUCAGAGGUAACUCUAGUAUUUUACGAUUUGGCUCAUAUAUUCUUUCACGAAAAUGCGAGAUCUGGAAAUGUAUCUUCGAUUGUAAGGACCCUCGAUGAUAAACAUUUCGCAACAUCCACAUUCAGCACCGCAUUUAUUUCGUGGGACGGAGAAGAUUUCCCCCAUCGCUUACUUGUACAGCAAAGUGAUGCGCACUGGCUUUUACACUAAUGGGAAGCGUAGCCUGCAUAUAAUUCACUCUUAGGUAGUUUUACGGCAUAGAAGAUGAACAGUAAAGAGGCAUCCAUUUCAUUGAAAAUCGGUAUCUUCUAAGCGCUCCUAUAGGUUCGGUUAAAAAUUCAAGAAACCGCAUAAUGUAGGAAUUUGACUUCUUUCCCGACAAUUCAGUCCACUGUUCCUGGCAGAACGGGGUAUGGUCUGAAUUGGUGUACGAAAUCGCCAAAUCGGCGAAGUUUCAGGAAAAGUAUCAAAGACUGACUCUGCCGAUCUAAGAGAGUAUUUAUAAAAGCAAGUAUGGAGUCUGAGCACGAAAGUAUUAUUAAACACCAUACAACGUGAGGGAAAUUUCCUGCUUUGAGAUAGGAAGGUGAGAAGACAACAAGUAGAUACGGAGAUCAAAAUAAGGACAUAUUAGUCAGGUGUCAGUGCUCCACAGCACCAAGUGCAAGAUUGAAGAGGAGUGUUUCUCAAGUAUAUUUAUCCUCACUCAGGCAUGUGACCUAAAAUGAGCUGGUACACCUUCACAGUUGUUCAGUAGUAACUGUUCAAGUUAUAUUGAUUUCACCCUGAUAUUUGGCAAUAACCAAAGGAUGAUUAGGUCUGCGUUGCAGACACUUACAAUGAAUCAAGUAAAGGCGUCAGUUACUGCUUAAACCAUAUGACGGCACUGUACUGUAGGUCAGAAAACUGGCCUCCCAAAAACAUAAGCUCGUUUCGCACCUGAUUGUCGCAGAAUGCAUAUGUGCACUAUAAUUAAUAGUCCUUUCAACCAGAGACAGGCCAUUCUUCCAUUACUUACCUUCGGGACAUUACCAUUCCAUUCACUUAAAUAGAGUGAAUUUGGACUAACUUACUUUCCCUUUUACAUAGUAUGCCACCUGUGUGAGAAGACAAUCGAAUUGCUGGUAACUGAGAUGAUCAACAGAGUCUCCGAAGGAAAUGCGAAAGUCGUCGCUUCCCGACUAUGUUUUAUACUCCCUGAGGGGGCAAACCACCUCAGGAAGGACGUAAGUUGUUUAAAACAUUCCAGUUUUAGCAUGUUUGACCGGUAAGCUGUUUUAUAUCUUCCGUUCUCUCGAGAUACUAGCUGUUCAGUGUUCUAAACCAUAUAACAAGAACAGAUGUGAUCUUAGUCCAUAGAUAUUAGGUCCACGUCUAAUGAGGUUUCAAAAUGGAGCAGGGGUCAUAAUACCACAUCCCGCUAUCGACAAAAGACGUAUAUGUGGGUUUUGAAGUCGAAUCUUUGUGAAAUCUUCCAUGCACUUACAGAAGUCACGAGUCCAGAGCUGACUGGUAAGAUGUUUCCCAAUCCAUGGCGUACUAAUCGAGACCAUCAACCUGGCAUUUUAGAUGGUAAAACGCACGCACAAUAUAUAAUGUGCGCAAAAUAUAUGUACAUGCGAUUGCAAUAGUGAUUAAAACAGGACACAGUCCGGUACUUAUUUGGACAUGGUAGCAUGCUGACUUUUGAUUUGGCGUAUUUCAAGCUGUUUAUUUAAACAAGCUCGUCCAGCAGUGUGUCUCUAUCCACUGCUGGUUUAUGCUUUCAUUAAGACAAUUAAAUUUACUGCAUUAAGUCCACAUACACAAUAUUUUCUAUACAAAUUUCGCAUGAAAACUCAUCUACCUACAGUGAACUGCCACAGUGAACGAUCAUUUUAGUUAAAAAGGUGACUUAUUUAAAAUUGUAAUAGUUAGUAUUCUGAUGUAUGAUCCCAAAAUUUUCCGGCCACGCCAAGAUGUGCAGGGUACAAGUUGCAUACUUUUCCAUUAAGUAAAAUAACACACCUUUCUACAUAAUUAAGAAGAUAGCAAAAAGGGUCCAUAAAAUUUUGCAAUGGAUAUAACUCACGUCGCAUAUCUCAUAUUCAGCAUUAAUAAUAAACAGUUGUGAUGCUAAUUGAAUAGACAUUUUGCGAUUCCAAAAAGUCCUAAAAUUACAGAAUUUUAAGGCCGAAUGUCACCACUUUCUCUAGAAGAACAUUUAGUGAAGACAUAGUUUAUUGCAAAAUGAAUACGAGAGGGAUUUUUUUGCACCUGCUUUCUACACGGCAUUUUUAAACUUCUAAACGGGCGUAAAAUAAACUACGUACCCGACAGUUUUUGAGCAAACACAACCGACGUUUUCAUGACAUGAGCAGACUCAGGUUUUAUGCGAGGUCAGACAAUGCGCCCAUACCCACUUUCAGUCAUACUGACCUAGACCUUCCAUCACAACAUGAUGAACACAGAGUGAGUUCGAGGUUGCCCAGGAAUUCCCCUCAUGACCCCCUCCCUAGUUAAAACUGUCAUUCUCAAGCCUGCGGUAGCCCUCAUCACGCAUGGCGCUCGAAAUAUCAAAUAAAAUGUAGAAAACAUUUGUGAUGGAAAUCGCAUUAUACAUCUUUGUUGUUAAUUGAUUAUUUAGGUCUGCUUUCGUAGCAUACUUAUUCGAGUUUCAUUGUUACUGUUAUGGCGACGGAGCAGAGUCAUCAUCUGGAGAACCACUUCUGCCCACUUCGGAAAUUUCUCUGUGGUUUUCCGCUCUGUCAUAAACAGGAAAACGGCUCACCAGAGCCUGAUUAAUUUGUCCAUUCCAGGAGUAACUUUUGGUCUCACAGUUUCAUUAUGGAUAUUUAUGUGGGGAGGUGGAAUCUUAUACGGCUUGCCAUGCUCCAUUUUGUCAUAUCUCUAUCAAAGUUGGCUCAGUUGCGUUACGAGCACUAACCUUGCUCAUCUUUUUCCUCAAGUGUGCGGAUGUGCUUUACGAGAACUAUGAAAGCAUAUUUGAAUUCCUGCAGUCGCAGAACACUCCGAAAACACUUUGCACAGUGAGUUUGUGUCUGCCUUCACCCUCCAAUUCAUGAGCUUUUCGAUUCAAGUAAAACGCCCCACUCUAAACAACGAAGGAGGUUUUGCAUAGCCACAUUAAAGAUUCUCAAUUGCUGCAUAAACAAAUGUACGUGGAAUAGUGGUUUUUAAAAUUUACUUCCUUCGCCCGACCCUUUCACUCGCAGUCUUGGCGACUAACGUUACCGUCGUUAACACACCUAACGUGUGCAUCCUGCUUCCGCUUUGUCAGAGUGGGCACAUGCUGACCUAUUUCCUCAAUGGAAGGUAUAUUUAUCUGUCUGACUUUGAGUCUCACUUUAGUCUUUUGUGAGUUGGUAUUUACGAUCUGGAGCUGUAAAAAGGAUCGCCUUCCAUCUCUGGAAACAAGUGUUAUCUCACAGCGUUUAAUGCCGUUGGGUUGGCAAUGUGGUGAUUCGUUCGCCAACAGUAUCCAAUCAAAGGUUACUUAUUUAAUAAUUAGCAGGAGUGUUAUUCUGAUUCUGAUAACUGGCGAUUUAGUAUCUAGCAGGCCUAAACUAUAAUAGUCAUUGGGUGACACUGAAUGGACACUUCCCAGUUGCGUUUUAUCUUGCGCGGUGACGGUUCACUUCAAAGGAUAGGUGAUGUUAGCGCAGAACUAAGGAAUCCGAAGCACCUAGACACAUGCGGUGCGCUUUGAUGAAUAGGGAUAUUCCGGACCAACGCGCCUAAGAACCCAUACUCUACAUUGACCUCAGCUAUAUAUGCCACUGAGUAACGGGCUGCAGACGGCAGUCAACCUGAUUACUCGAAAAACGGUAUUCUGACCGGACUGUCAUCAUCCUCAAAUUUUUAAGGCGGUCCUGCACUUAGAAAAUAAGACUGCACUGUGAUAUGCUCGACUUAUGUUUUCACAAAGUUCAUUCUUUCCUUUCGUCGUUAUUAUAUCUGCUUGCUGUAUCAUGCCUAACGUCCCCUUGAUAUAUAUUUACAGUAAUUCCACUUGCCAAACUGCUGGAAAUGUCUAAAAAGCAGUAAACGACUAGCUUUAAUUUUCAACUUAUUAAAGUAGAGAAUAAACGUGUGAUGAAGUGCCCUUCCGGGCACUCACACCAAAACCGUCGAUCUAGGGUCUUCAAAGGCAUUGCCUUUUACUCUUAAAUAUACUGAACUAAAUAUACCGAAUUACUUCUACUGGAGCUCUCUACUAUCACUGUGUCUCCUUACUAUAAGUUUAAUAUUCAAAAAUUUGCUACUGACUUCCCCGUGCGCAUAAUCCCAGAUUUUGGUAUUAAAACUCGUUAUAGAAAGCGAAAGCCAUCAAAGUUGAUGGCGAAAUAACAAUCACUCAUUCGCUUUUAACGUUUGAUAACUUGGCGCGAGCUUCUUACGCGCAUAAAGUAUAUAUGAUUUGCCACAGACUUCAGGAUAUUCUGAACCAGGUGCCUGAGGAACUGAGCGCCGACGUUUGUCAUCCUGAUUUCCUAGGACACGGAAUUCUAAUCAGAAUGCCCUUAAAUUCGCAAAGCAGUUUACUUUCCUGACUAAAAAAUUUAAGAAAUUCAGCCCCAAAGGUUGCUUAAUAAUAAAAAGUUACCCUGAAACGUGUUGAAACCUUUUAAAGUAAGACAUUCCUGUAGGGCUAGAAGCGGUCGGUCUCCUAAAACGGAAGUCUUUCCAAAUCCUUGAAGGAAGCUUCGUGACAAGACUCGCACAAAUCUAUGCACUCAUCAAUCACGCUGAAAAUAUGCUAAAGGCUUGAUGUAUUUAAUGGACUAGAAAUUCUAGGUUUGUCUUGAGUACAUGGUAGUAUAGGCUAUUUCGAAUUGCCUCCGGUGAGAUACUUCAAACACAGCAUUUGGCGCCGAAAAGGCAUACUCCAGUGUUUGCAGUUUAGAAAACGGGUGACCUGGAAUAAAACUUUCCAAAAACAACUUGCCGGGGCGUUUUUGCAUGUUUUUUUGCUUAAACCGAUGAGACGGCAUUGUGAUUUGAUCGACCCAUGCUCUCACAAGAGUUACUUUUUUCUUUCGCCGUUAUUAUAUUUGCCUGCUGUAACAUGUCUAGCACUCCCUAUCUGCCUUUGCGCUACUUGCGGGACUGUGAAAAGCAAUGACUAAUUAGCCUCGAUUUUCAACUUAUUAAAGUAGAAAAUACACCUGUGUUGAAAGUGCCCCCUCGGGUACUCAAAUAAAAUUUAUCUAUCCAUUUCCACUGGAACUCCCCAUUUUCACUAUUUAUCCUUACUGUAAAUCUAAAAAACGUAUUCCUCUGAUGGCAGAACGGACUCAGUGCUUAUGGCUUUGAUUAGCCCGGAGUUGAAGUACUGCAAACUUUGAGUCAUCCUUUCAGUUUCUCUGUCCUUCCCAGUACUACCUAAUCGAUCCGAAUAUUUACGAAGCCUUCGUGCUGCGGACUGAAUCCCUUCCCCCCUUACUGCUUUUUGUCAAGUCUGAGAGUACAGUUUACAUGUAGGAGCCUGCGGCGGUUUGGCAGAAGCAAGUGCAGAAAGCAUAUGAACUUGGACCACAAGUAUAAGCCAUGACGAUGGCGUUAUCUUUAAGUGUCAGGAAGAGGCAAUGCAACAAGCUUAGACUCAUUUAAACUCUUUCUUAAUAGUGGAAAAUUGAAGUAUUGUAUUUUGUUCCCAAGCUUAUCUGCACCCAACCUCCUCACAGCACCCUUUUGUUCCAAAUUCCCCUUCUACAAGAAUGUGUAAUCUAUCUAUGCUGACAGGUCUUUAGAGCCUGUGGAAGGACUGGACUGGGUCAUGUUACACCAAAUCCGUGAGUGAUCAGUACUGGUUUCGGUUUCAACAAACCUUGCUCACUUCCAAUAGUACUGAUUAGCCGUUUCCACAUUUUUAUAGUUUAUUGGAGUCCAAAGUGAUUAUCAGUAUCCGAACCCUUUUAGUGUACUUAUUCGAAACAAGUAGACACUGUAGCGGCUAAUCGGUGAUGGUGUACGCUCAGUACGCCACAACUUCAGGCCAUAUCCCAAGUUGUUAGAGGCAGGACGCCAGCUGAUGAGGAAAAUGAUUUAUUUGUUCUGUGCAGAAUAAUGAAAGGAAGGUGGCAACCGGACGAGGAUGCGUCCGGCGCCGCGGAGGCGGCGUCCGCGAGAGCGACGAGCCGUGUGUCGACGAAGGUGGCCGCUGCAAAAGUGUCGUGACAGAUUGUUUACGCUAGUGUUCUGGGCUGUUUACGCCUGUCUUAUCAAUCAGCGAUAGUAGGUGCGUUGAUUGGUUCCGAGCCGACGCGAAGGUAGUGAGAAGCCUCGCAUGGUGCAGACCGAGUGUCGACCAGGUGUGUGGUGCAGACAGUGAAUUGCAACGAGACAAAUCGAAGCCGGGCAGACGUGCGUGCCAUAGCAGGCUGUCGCUAGGACGCAGAUGCAGGCGCUAGCGAGAGGCGCAACGUUGCCACUGUGGCUGUCCACUACAACACUGCUGCAUAAAAAUCCUCAGCUUCAUAUCUGAGUAUAACUGCUCAUAUUUUGUGAGAGGGCUAAUUCGAAAUAAUAUUAAAAUUAACCUAUUUUGUCUUGUUCUCCGUUGUCCUUAAUUCACGUACCGUUGACCAGUCACGGUAUAUGGGAAGAAAGGUGAUACAAGACGCUGUAUGAAGCCAGUGGGGAAUGCUAUAAGUUACGAAGAAAUUAACCAAAAUUUGUCUGCUUUUCCGAUUUCUAGAUUGUUUUGCAUAGAUGCUUUUACUGCAGUUUUUUAAAAAUCGGUGAGCUUUACAGUCAGUCCUAAUUUAUUCUUUGUGCCAUUAUAGGUAUGAAGGAUACGAGCGUCACUACAACAGCUCCUGGAAUUGAUGGGUUUAUUCCUAUUUCUACGGACCCCCAUUACUUCAUCUUUGCCUGUCUUACCUAUUAUGAAAAAUGCUUUAAAUGACUGUAGGUUAAUUAGCGAUUCAAAUAAAGUGAUUAUUGCAACUAAAUACUUCUCCAAAACGCAUAUUGAUGGACAUCAAGAGAAUGUCGAUAAAAUUUAGUGUAAACAAGACACCAGUCCACGCAUUAUAGACGGCAGCUGUUUUCCCCGAGCAGAUGGUCGCAGCCUUCUACGUAGAGCUGAUCUUUCAAUUAAUAGUUGCGAUAAACACUUCACUAAAUUUAGGUCAGUUCUGUCCUCCACAUUUGACCGAAAACACUGACUCCAUUCCUAAGCAUUCAUCUGUUCUAGGCCAUUUGAAACACGGAAAUCUGUUCGGCGUCUGACCACUUUAACCACAGACGCAUACUAACUUUUAGCACUACCGAAAGACCUAGCGAUAACGAUUUUCCUGCACGCGGGAUGUUAGUGAUAGGGCUUAAUUAGAGAUCCUUCUUGUCUGGUGGUCUCUGAAAGCAUCAACGAAAUGUUUAGUUCUAUCUGUGAAACCUGUGCGUCCGGUUAGUCCAUAUUGACACUGAAUUCUUGAAAAAACUCGCUAUCAGGCAACCUGUGUUGAUUGUCAUCUGCGUGGUAUGCCCAUCUUGAAAUCACACUACACUCCUUGUGUUGUAAGAUUUGGACGCAGGGAGUGGUGCAAGUCGUGCCGAAAGACUUACGUUAACAUGGUUGCCAGGAUGGGAAAGGCCGCGUGAAUUGGACACAGUUGCCAGAGAUUUCGUUUAGCGAGCUGGUAUCACCAAAAAAGUGCGCAAAAAACGUAGACUUGCAAGUUUUCUAUUAACGACAACGCUUGGCAACAAUCAUUUGGAAUCUCUGUAUUACUGAAGAAGGCAAUUGUGCCCUGUUUGGCAAACAACACGAUCUUUCGAAGAGCUCUCAAAGGCUGAAAAAUCGAAACUGGGAUCUCUUAUCCUUGGUUUCAUGCUGCUUGUUCAAAGACUACUUAUGUGGGCUUCCGUAGAAAUGAUACACAGUGACACGUUAAGCCAUACGAUGACAAGGCGCCAAUCACAACUUGGUCAGUGGUCGCGGACGUAAUUAAGGCUUCUGGCUACCAUCUCCGUACUUGUUGCGCCGACCCGAAAAGAACCAACAGUGGCUCGUAAGAUUCGUUGUUCGAACUGCGCCAAGUCUGUGUUAGUCUUUAGGCACCGCCAUAAGUGCGGGCGACACCAGCAGACGGAGCACUUGACACAGUGCCAGGCAUCGCACCAAACAUCAUUACCAGUCGUAUGCUCGAAUGGUUCACUGGUGGGUGAGAAAGGGAAGAGUGAGUGAGGCUGCUCCUUCACUUGCUCCUGUGGAGCAGGUUACAUUGGUCGCAAGAGUCGGCGCCCAUCCAAGAGAAUACGAAAACACUUCCCGGCAUGGCUGGGAAAAAGCCAAAAUAGGAGCAUAAAUAGCCUCAUUCUUGCACAUGUUGAUUUCGGGCAUCUUGUGAUUUAUGAGGUUCCAUUGAGCUACCCUAAGCUACCGGGCCAGCGUCCGUUAGCAACAGCAGGAGUGGUCGCCAUCAGGUUACGAAAACCGAUCUUGUGCGCUCAGAAUAACCACGUUCAGGCUCUGCACUUACCGUGGUCAAAAUCCGAUUAACCAUACAGCUCUCCAUAUCUUUCCGCUCUCACUUCGCCAUGACAUUGACUGCUAUUACUCCCACCCCAUCCCCCUUAUUUCCACACCCGCCUGUGUUUUAAAACGAACUUGAAUCGAUUUCUCUUAUCACUGACAUUUUUCUGCUUCUGCCCCGUUGCCAUAUAAAUAUACUGGCCUGACGAUAAUUUAUCGAAAACAAACUUAUGCUCGCCAACUGGUCUUCUGAAUGCUGCCAUGGGAAUUUCUUUAACUCUAAAACAGGCAUAAUGCAGAAGAGGGAUAAGUAGUAGAACAAAAAACACGAAUUAAUAGUGCAGUGGUGUGUCAGAAAGUGGGAUUGGGGGGCAAUACUCUUUUUUAAUUGCUUUUACUUGUUUUCAUUCCUAACUUCACCCGUAUGUCUUAUUGGUUGCGCGCUUAGCUUAUGAUGUUUCGCUCUUUUUGUCACUGCAUUGGUAUGCUGUUUUCUUAGACUGCGAGAAGCUAGGGCUUGACCCAGGUGCUGGUCGCAUUUGCUGUUGAGGUUGGAAACGGAUUUGCGUACCGCCUGAAGGUUAGCGUAUGACCACCUGCAAGAUGGAAAUAGUGGUAGUAGGAAGGAUUUACGGAUGGGGCCUUUCAAGGAGGGCAUGAAGAGUUCCGAUUUACGUAAAGGAAGAAGAAAGUAUUCGCGCCGAGUGCUUGUUUUGAUGUAGUGAGCGAGUGCCGAAUACAGCCCCCAUAAUUAAAGGGCUUAGUAGAAGAAGCGCGCGGGAAGAAUACGCACAGCCAUGUGAUUUUAAAAUCUCAGGUAACGAAUUCUGUAAUUAAUGACCCAUGAAUAGACAAGAAGGUCAUCCGCAUUAUAACGCUAUCUAUUCAGUCAGAGAGAACGCCACAUCAGGACAAUAACAACAAACUGAUCGUGACAAAUGAAAGGAAAAUCAUUACUAGUCGUUAACUUGUUACUGGUACUUAACUACUGCCAGCAGAAGUCUGGUACCAAAAGCCAUGAACUGUUUGUGAGGGCAUAAAAUGAACCAACGGAUAUUGCGUACACGCAAAUACGGGUGUAUGUUUAGGUGCGCGAAUUGCAAUCGCAGAACAGCUCUCCGUACGGGGCAAUCGCGAUAAUUAAUGAACAGAGACAAUAGUCUCUGUUCCGCUUUAGUCGGACACGGUAUUCCGGUGUUUCAUACAGCCUGACCGUACUACCUAGCAGUGCCUGAUGAUCUACUACAUAUUUCUUCCUACCGUCUAGAGUAAUGACAAGGACAGCUGCAAAUAACGGACAGCAAAGUUACUAAUUUUUUUGCAAACAGCAAGUUUAGGUAGACGCUUCAGCCAAAUGGUGUACGGAGGGACUCCAGCGCAUGCAUGAUCAUCGAAUGGAUACGUACUAUACCAUACACUGGCAGUGUAUUCAUUCGGUGAGGAUCAAGGGGUGACGUGUUGUCAUAGUUUAUGCGCAAUGCAAAUAACCAUGCUUGCAUACGAAACUCUGUAGCCUACGUAAACAACGGAUUAUCUUUACAAACGUGGACGCAUUACACUAAACACCCUUUGGUCCUAACGAAUAAAGCGACACUCAACUAACUGCAAAAUUUCGGCGUUCUCCGGAUGUUCUUAUAUGAUAAAUGGUGUGUUCUCGAGGGAUGCUAAAACAAUGUAAAACCCUACCUGCAACGCACGUUUGGAUGACCAACGGAUAACCCUGUUUUAUCUAAAAAAAAAUAUCGACCUGCCUUCGCACGUACGAUAGCGCGUAUGGUAAAAUUGUAUUUUCGAUAACUGUUUGGACGCUCAAUACAAAACUGUACAGCUAUAUAUACGAAGUGUAACCGUAUCCCCUUGUAUUUAAGAGACCCCAAUGGGGGAUUUUUUAUCUGUAAAUACUAUGGUAUCAGCGCAAGCCACAUAAUUUUCCUCUACCUCGAAAACGAAUGCUUCUGGGGACUGCAGUCAGGGGAGGCACUGUAGACCGGCGAACGUAACUGAGGACCUGCAUUGAGCGUACAAAGUGUGACGAAGAGAGGCGGAAGCCGAUCAAGGCCGAGGAUGUCGGGAAGUUGUGUACAAUAAACGCACGUAUAAAGAAGCCGAACUCCCAACGUCCCAUAGAUGGGUAUUCGCCUGAUUAAUUAGACGAAAUACCAUAACCGCCUAAAAGGGCGGUCACACAACGGACAUGAGUACUUUACUACUGUGACUACUAAAUUCUUUGGCCACUUCAGAGGUUGUAUGUAACAGUAAUGAGGUCGGAAAGUUAACAAACGUACCGGAUCACCGUCUGAUGUGUGUGGACAAGGCCAGCAGGUCUCCGCGUCAGCUCAGAGCAUUUUGGGUACCGAUAAGUUCACAGCGACAACCGUUAAUCGUCAGGCUUGUAUAUGCAGACCCAGGAGAUGUACGUAGCCUGACAUAACGUUGUUUGCUUCUGCAGUCUAGUGAGCGCACGCGACUGUCAAUGGACGUGCCUGCGCGAAUAUAACAGAAACCAUGUAACCCCAACUGCGUUAAUGGUGCAUGUACUUAACGGACAACUAUGUCCGCAGCAAGCUGAGGACUGACUGUUGGCGAAAGAGUUAAUUGUAAUAAGUAGACAAAAAGAAUCCGGUCGACCCGAAGCCAUGCAAUGACACAAGUAGUCUUGGUCUGGGAGGACAGUGGGGGGGGGGGCUGUUGCAAGGUGUGACCAUAACGCCAAGUGGAAACGGAUGUUUCCAGGCGACCCCAUGAGUAGCUGACACAGAAUUGACCGAAAACAACGAAAUCAGCGGAAACGUCAAGUAAAGACAUAAUCAGAAACAACAGGACUCACAGUUUUGUGAACGAAACCGUUAACCAAAAAAGUGUCAGGAAGCAAAAGAAGGGCGACCGUCUUCUGACAUUAGUGGUGGCAUAGGAAAAAUACAGCGAAACCUUUCACGCGACCAAGUCGGUGACUAGUAGGAACCCCACCGCGGAACCCAUGCGGAAACCCCUGCGGAACGUUUUAUAAGACGUUGUCAGAAGUGCCAAGGAACGUUUCAGUCGAUUGGAAACCAGGUACAAGAUAAGACAAGGGACGAAGAAAGCGAUUUGCGAUGCUGUGCUUGGCUUCCCAACUAGCAUUGACCAACCGACUGAUGACCGCCAUUUUCACCGUAACGGGUGCAAGGGACGAAGAUUGAAGUCACAGGGAUCACUUCGACUGGCUGGCUAUCAAUCACCGGAGUAUGCAGAAAAGAACAGUUUUGUUAGAAGAGAGAGUCUACUCGUACCAAGCCAACGGAUAGAAAGAAGCUGUUAACGACAAUGGACGCCAAAUAAUGAUAUUGACAUAUAUCUGGCUACCCAAAUGAAAUAAGUAGACAUUCUCUUCGAAUACAGUUCAGGAAGUAUAAACAUUCGUGUCUUAUGGGUGUUGGUGACAAAUUCUAUCUGGAACAUAUGAGGUACAGAGAGGAGGGUGCACUUUGAACCUGUCUGCAUUUGUCGUGGGUCAAUCUGCCGGGAUUUGGACUGUAAAUACUGGGUUUAGUCGUUGACUGCCGGACCAAAUUACUUAGAACUUUUAUCUCUGAUAUGCGUACUGUAGUUUUGUGCUGAUGACUAUGCGCUGCUCAGUCUUAUGAGGGACCGCUCCUGCUUAUCCUCAAUUCCGUGCACAUAAUGGACUGUUCAUUUAAAGUGGGAUGUGCCACUUAUUUCAGGAAGUUGAAGCAUGGACGUACGCUCAUCACUAUAGCUAGAUACAUCUCCACGCUGGAGAAGUCAGGGGAAACAAGUAACUCCGGGAAAUUUUCUUAGUAUUUCGUCGUACUUGUCAAUAUUUUUCCAACACGUAUUAAUUUGCGCUAUAUGGACGAUGUCGUAAAUUCUAAAGAGUGACUGUUUUAAUACUUCGGAAAAACUAUCUUUAGCUACUUUUCUUGUGUAUAAACAAUAGGUUUUCAUGAGGUCUGAUUGAAGCACCGUAUAUUGUUACUUUCGUCCAACCUGUUGACGACUCAUAGAAGUCUCCAGAAGCCGUAGCCUUCUAUGUCCGGGACGUUAGUAGUCCUUGAGAUAACCCACAAGCACACCAAUCUGUGUUCAUGUUUUAGCAGGGGAAGGUCGCCGAAUGUAGGCCAGCAGCUAAGAUAACUUAAGCGACUACAAGAUUCACAGACUUCAAAAUACAACAAAAACUACAUAUGACAGGACUAGUUUUCUGACGACUUCGGCGUGGCUUCGCACAGUACGCUUUACUGGACAUGAACCUGCUGUCAGACUGUUUAGUGUGGAGCAAUUGUAUCCUUUUAUUCAUUGAUGCUUGAUUGAGAACUCCGGUUAAGGUGUGCACCCCAGCGUCGAUGUUAAUGAGCAAAUUUUGCCUUCCAGGUUUCCUUUGAAACCGCCUACACUCUUUCCUUUUAUUGCAUGGUGAUAUCUAUUACGCAGAAUGGCUCGUUUCCGUUGAACUCAACUAUACAACUGUGGUUUUGCACAACCAUUUUAUGCUUUUUCUCAACUUCUCCUGGAUACUCGCACUCCUCCUGAUACCUAUGACCAUAAACUAGGUCCGUGGAAGUUGAGCGACACGGCAGAUUUCCAACUGCUGCUCUGCGCCGUGUGUACUGCAUUCAUUUAUCAGGCAAUUGAAAGUUAAUCGAUCUCAGCACUAUCACGCUCUAUUCUGUUUGCCAGUCUUUCAGUAGGUAGCUCACACUUCCUAAAACAUGUUUACACAGAUAUGGCUCGAUCGAUCUCAUGUCCUUUAUUCAAGUUCUCCUGUCCUACUAGUCGUUAAGAAACUGUAGUCAAAAUCUUUAGAGGACGUACUAACCGAAGUGAUUCGUUAAAAGUGCGCAUCACAGCGGGGUUUUUAACUUCAGUUCACGUCCUGGAAGCAGCGGUUUUGGGUUGGUAGCCUAUCUGCGAGACUUGGUCUCAAAUAACAAUUUAUGGGGAUCGACCUCCUCUUUUUGGUCCGGUGAGCUUUUUGCAUGUAUUUAUGUUGUAUUGGGUCCUGACCAAUAAUGUCUUCCAAAGCGCCGUCUGCCCGGAGAGGAGGGAGACAGGGCAGCCUAUUCAUACAUCACUUUACCCGUCCCUAAUGGGCAAUGAGAUGUUAGCAUCUAUUUGUACAAGGCAGUAUCCUCAGCCACUUCUGAAGAUUAGGUGGACCCGAACAUCUGCUUUACGGAACAUAGCAUACAACUUUUUAGAACAGUUUUUAAUUAGUUCAAGGAAUGAAACGCAAAGUACGUGAUUCCUCUUUUAAAACAAUUCUCGUGACUGGAGGAACAUUCGCCUACUAUCGCACCCAGGAUUUUCUAUGCUUAAAUUAAGACAAAAAAUUACAAAAUCAUUCCCGGAUCUUCAUUUGAAUGAAUGGUUAAACAUAAAUGUAGUCAGUAUAGAACUGACUUGCCGACUGCCAGAUAUUUAAAUACAUAAAAUGGUGUAUCGCAGUUCUUACACAUCUUGCAGGCUGCCACGGAGUUUGUUAAGCAAGUUGUGUAGAGGUUCCACUGGGUUGAAGAAUGUUGAGGCAAAGGUCUGGAGGUGUACAACUAGGGGCGAAACGCAGCAUUUGGUGCUUGCUUAGGGUUCCAGCCUUCAAGUACUCAUUGUUUGCAAAGGUUUUGGGGGAAAAUAUUAAAACCCAUUAAACUGCUAAUUAUUUCAUACUGUCCAGGUAGUUUUAACCAGCUCAGAUGGAGAUGGGGCCUCCUAAACGAUGCUGCAUUUUCUUCGACCUUCACCAAUUCUUCGUGUAAAUACCCUGAAAUUCAAGCUGAACACCUGCGCUCUCAACUCACAAUCCUCAUCUAAUGUCUAGUCGAAUAUGGUAUGACAGACUACCAAAAUAAUCGAUUCAUCAGUGUUUUGAAGCUGAGUGUCAUUUUCUUGCAGGUCUUCAGUCUUGACUCCCAACUCUUUCAACACCAGCAGUUUCUGUAUGAAUUCAUUUACUCCCGACUGCAGCGUGCUGCACUUCCUCUGUUUACUCUCUCCUUUUCACAUCUUGCGCCAGGCUUUCUUACAAUAAACCGUUCCCAUAUUUCUCUCUAAACAUUUUUCAGUCUGCGUGAUUGACGUUUGAGUAUGGUUGCACCUCGGCUGUCUUUCAGCGCGCCUGUUAUUUAUUCAAGCAUACUGUUUUUUUACGAUUCACGCCUUGCUGCAAGUGUAAUGUGGCCAAACUCUAUAGGCAGUCGAGCAGUGGACACUAUGUCUAGGCAAAAGCACAGUUGCGUACAAAUUCUUUGCACUUUGGCUGUUACUUUUGAUUAUGUCCGGCGCUUUGUCAUGUACUUUUUCAUGGAAGCUCACACGUUAUCGUGAACGAAAAGUAGGCGUUGUGGGGUCAAGCACUUCCGUGCCGUUUGAUAAGGUAUUACAAUAAACUAUUCUUAUUCCUGAACUUGAGUCCUGGUUUUGUGAUCUGUGGGAUUUGUGCGUGUUAUGCCGAGGCUAAUGAGUAUAUCCCAACAACCACGAUAGGGGCCAAGCCCCGCUGACAAUGGGAAGAACCCUGGUUGGAGGCGUUUAUUCUGUACAGGAUGGUGUGUUAACUCAACUAGCGUGCGCGGCCAGUGACUGUGCGUACUAUUGACUCAUGCGCAAAUACAAGUAUAACUGGAAUAGCAUAAUCGACAAAGACAAGGGAGACUGGAGUGGCCAUUUCUGGCUUAUUAGCCGUCGUCAGCUCGUGGCCCAGUGGUUAGAGGCGUGGACUUCUAAUUAACAGGUCGCGAGUUCGAACCUCGGGUGUUCGACACUUCGGGGUUGGGUAUGACUGGCUGGUGACGGCCAAUACGCCAGAAAUGGUCACUUUAGUCGCCCUCGUCUUUGUCGGUAAUGCUAUUCUGUCUACAUCAUGCGCCGCUGUGCGGCUGCUAGUUGGGCUCGAGAGAGAGUCCGUAAGGCACAACGGGAUGAGUGAGUUCCGUAAGAACGAUCGGUGAGCGCCCUUCUACCAUUGGAGUACGUGGAAUUAAGUCCUGUCUAACAUUUCCUUUGCGGUCCUUAGCAACCGAUCCUUUGAUGAUAAUGAUGCUGCUGCUGCUACUGCUGCUGCUGCUGCUGCUGCUGCUGCUGAUGAUGAUGAUGAUGAUGAUGAUGAUGAUGAUGAUGAUGAUGAUGAUGAUGAUGAUGAUGAUGAUGAUGAUGAUGAUGAUGAUGAUGAUGAUGAUGAUGAUGAUGAUGAUGAUGAUGAUGGUGAUGAUGAUGAUGAUGAUGAGGAGGAGGAGGAGGAGGAGGAGGAGGAGGGGUGGAGAGGAGUUGUCCCAAGCGUAGGUACCGAACUUUUCGGACUCUGA